AUGGCGACCAGAGGUAGCAUAUCUCAGGCCGCCCCAGUCGGCUCCACUCUGCUCGUCGUCCACAACUUUGUCGCUAGGAGCGGCGAUGAACUGAGUCUGGCAAAGGGCGAUCGCAUAGAGCUCAUAGAACGCGAUGACGACUUUGGCGAUGGUUGGUUCCUGGGCAAGCAUCUGGGCAACGGCCGAACUGGACUCUUUCCAGAAGUCUACACCACCCUCGCCCCCAAACCUACUCUGUCGAAUGCGAUCCAGCAGCGCGCCGCGAGUGAAAGUCUGGUGAACAACAGCUCGUUAAGCAGCGCUGCGGCCACCGCCGCCGCGAGUGCCGCCGCUUCUUCGUCGCCGCCCCAGGUUCGACACGCCUCCGCGUCUGCCGCCUCGAUGCGGCCCGCAAGCGCCUCCGAGACCGCAUCACCGACAGCUGAGCCAACUCUUCGCGCCUCGUUGCCCGCAACAUCGGCCGUAUUGAGGAAUGACGCCAUCUCGACCGCAUCACCCGUCAUGAACGAGACCUUGUCCGUCAUCAACGAGCACAUGAACGACAUGCACACCCCUUCCAGCUAUGCGUCAACCAGCAAUAAGCGCAAUUCUACCGGCCGCGGCUAUGUUUUCAUCGCGGGUGAAGAGACGGAUGAGGAGGAGAGGCAAAUGCAUACAGAGGCAGAAGUAAUGGCAUGGAGUCCCGACCGGGUCGCAGAGUACCUAGAAGAUCAAGGAGUGGAGAAAGCGCAUUGCGAUGUCUUCAAAGAGCAGGAAAUUACCGGGGAGGUAUUGCUGGCAAUGGAACAGAGUAGUUUGUUCCUCAGAGAAUUCUCGCUGGGCUCCGUCGGCCGGAGACUGAAGACCUGGCACAAGAUUAGGGCGUUACAAGACGAGGUCAGAGUGAACAAGCCUCCAGACGCCCCAUCAAACACUUCCGAGUACGAAGGCGAAGGUAACGAGGCCGGAGAUACUGCGAGAAAUCGUGCUUCGACCGUGGGAUCGGCUCUUCCGCGUGCUCUAGACACAUCACGGCAGAGCACCCUCGCUCCUGGCAGGAGUAACACCUCGCACUUGGUGACAGAUACGGGAAUGUCACCUACGUCCGGACCAGAGGCUACCUGGACACCGCCUGCGCAAGCGACUCCAGCCGCACAACUGCCACGACGAGGGUCAGAUGGACAGACAGCGUUGGACACUGCUCAGAAGUUGGGCAACCGCGAACUCCACCGAAAGCAGCCUUCUCUCGAUCAAAAUUGGCAACCGGGCCAACCGCAGAGCGAUGGACAGUACUUUGGCCAUGCCCAUUCCCUGAGCUCCGACGCCGCAUAUCCCGCCCUCCUCGCCAUGGAGUCAAGCGUGCCUUCAACGCCGAGCAAGGACGACAUGGAAAAGGCAUCUUUGUCUUCGGUUGGCCAAGCCCGAACGAAUACCACGUCUGGAACCCGAAAGACUUCGGCCGAUGUUGCUGGCUCCGAGCUGUCGCGAAGCAGCAUUCAAUCUGGCGCCGUGGGGAGCCCAGAGCUUCUGCGAGAUUCAAUGAGCCCAGCUACGAAGGCCCAGGGCACCUUUGGCGCCUUGAGCUCCGUCAGCAGCACGCUUGGCGGCACAAGAGCAGCUACUUCGCCCGCCUUGGGCCGGCAGCCAACAGACGUGAGCCCCCUGGUAACGAAACUGGACCACAAUGCCUCCUCCGAAGGCCUCUCGCCAUCGUCUGCUGUCGCCGGAACAGAUUCGGCUUUACCGCGCUCAUCUACCAGUCCUAAGAUCCCUUUCUUUUCAAACUACAAGCCUAACUUUACAGGCCUGCGAGGAAUCAGCGACACCAUCUCGCGAAACGAGAAGCAAGCGCCGUCGCCCGUUCGCGAUGCUUCAUCCCCAGCAAGAACGGGUUCCAGCACGCCCAGUACUGAAACCAAAAGCCUGGAAUAUACAAAGCCUGAUGGGCAGUCCCGCACUUCCGACCCCGCCGCCAAUCUUAUUCCACCGACUCCCAAUCAGCGACGAAUCCGGGUGAAGCCGAAGAAAGCGACGUCUGCGUACACUCGCGGAUUGGAGACGAAGAAACCGGCAGAGCAGAUGAUUGGGGCCGAUUACUCGGGAUGGAUGAAGAAGAAGAGCGGGUCGUUGAUGACGACGUGGAAGACGCGGCUUUUCGUCUUGCGAGGCCGACGACUGUCGUAUUAUUACUCCGAGAACGACACCGAGGAGAAGGGGCUGAUCGACAUCUCAUUCCACCGCGUCCUGCCCGCGCACAACGAAACGCUCACCGGUCUUCACGCCGCUAUCACGGGAGUUUCAGGCAGCAGUCCUUCGAGUCCGAAGGAGGGCGCGACGCCGACAGCCGCCGAGCAGGAUCUCGCCGAGCAUCCAGCGACAGGCGAAGCAGACGACGGCGUGUUCAUUUUCAAGCUUGUCCCUCCGAAGUCCGGGCUGUCGAAGGCCGUCAACUUCACCAAGCCGACGGUGCACUACUUCGCGGUGAACUCUCGGCAAGAAGGGCGGCUGUGGAUGGCAGCGCUGAUGAAGGCGACGAUCGACCGUGAUGGUGACAGCGUGGUCACGACCACGUACAAUCAAAAGACGAUCUCGCUGGCCAAGGCGCGAGCUAGGCGCGAGCGCCCGCCCGCGCUGAUGGAAUCGGACGGCGAGAAAGAGGCGGCGUCGGAGUUGGAUGGAGCUGGCGAUGAUGCUGGCAGCGGGAGGCAGGGGCUGGGCAUCGGCGGACUGGGAGAGCAUGAGGAUGCUGUCGCCGGUGCUGGUGCUGAGUCGACUCUGGCUGACGAGGGCUCUUCGCUUGCGCCCAGUACGACGGAGGUGGGGAGUUUCACCCAGCAGAUCAACGAGUCACUGGCUGGGCUGGCCAGGUGA